AUCAUUUGAAGUUCGCCAUUAUUGUCAUCAAUAUAAAAUUGCAAAGGAUACAUUUAGUGAUUUAUUCUACGGUGUUUUUCUUGCAGUUCAAAUAAAAUUGUGUUUGCAAUUUAUCUUACAUAAAAUUUGAAUAUAUAAUUGUGAAUCGGAUCGAAAUAUUUCGCUGAAAUCGGUUGAAAACCGGCUAACUUUAACCUUUAAAUGUGUUGGUGUGAGAAAAUCAAACUGAGCAAAACAAAUAAAGUGCGUCUUGAAUUGAAUAGUGACGCUUUGUUCUAAUUUUCUUUAACAAUAUAAACAAAAUCCCAAUUGAAUUGUUCACAUUUCUUGAGAACGUGUAAGACUAAAAAUGCCACGAAGUAAAUUGAUAAAUUUGUCAUACGGUGACAUAGCACCUGCCGAUAUGACACUGAAGCUACAGUGUUGGGAUGAAGAGCUCAGUCCGGCCCAAUUGGCUGCAUACGAACAAGCGGAAAAAGAGCAUAACGACAUCAAGGCAAAGCUUAAUGAAAUGGUUGUGUCGUCCGGUGCUGAAAAUUUGUAUUUGGGUGAAAUAUUUGGUGCAUAUCAAGUGGCUGGUGCUGUUACCGGUUUAGAAAAUAUAUCGAAGCCGGUUGCUGUGGUGCGAAAAGAGAAUAAAGCACGUCAAUUGGCCGAAGAGAAACGCAUUCGAGCCGAUCGAGAACGUGAAGCAAUACGUAAACGGGACAAUGCAAAAUUGAUUGAAGUCAUUGAUGACGAUGAGGAUGAAGAAUAUUUGCCGUUAAGCAAACGAAUGGCAGCGAAAAAGAAUACAAUUGCAACGUAUAGCAAAGUAAAAGAUACACCAAAAGUGAUAACAAGAGGUAAAACGGCAACACCUGUACCAGAGAAAGUAACAAAUCGUCCAUCAGAAGGUACAGCCGUUGGUGGUUUGACUAUUGGUGAAGCGAAAAAGAAGGAUAUCGUUGAUCUAACAAAAGAUGAACCGGUCGCAUCUAAAUUGGCGGCCGAUUCACGUGAAGUCACAUUCAAUAAGUUGCAAGGAAAAACAUUCCCUUCGUUGGUCGUUGUGGCACGGCCGACGCUUAAAAUCAAAGAAGUCAAUAUCAAUGAUCGACCCGCACUUGAUGCUAAAGUAAAAAGUGUGCUCAUGCAUAGCGCAACGAAAUAUACCGAAUGGCUUAUUCAACAAGGUCUUGUACGUUCCGAACAAACAUGUCAACUUCAUCCAAAAGUAUCACUUAAAUUAGGCAUGUAUUCUGAUGCAUCGAAAUUUCCAUUCUCUGGUGGAUAUGUAUGGAUUAGUGAUUGUUGCCCAUCACGUUUUGUGUCCGUAUUCAGUGGAUCGUUGUUUGAAGGUGCUCAGCAUCCACCAUCGGUGCUGCUCAAACUAAUUUAUCAUUGGUCAUGCCAAACAAAUGUGCAAAAUGUCGUGCAAUGGGUGAAAGUCGAUAAUUUAUAUGUGAAAGGUUUGUUCACAUGGUUGCGUGCCGUUUGUACGGUGGCUUUACACCAGCACAUGACUUUACUCGGUGGUCCGGGAAAGAAAAUUGAGGUUGGCGUCAUUUCAUUGGGCACAACUAGUCAGGGUGGUCAACAGAAACAAGUAAAAGUCGAAGUGCUCGGUGUGCUUGAUCCAGUUUCGAAAAUUGUUCGUUUGCGUGCAGUCGAACCGUUGGCCGAUGGUGAAAAGAAUUAUAAAAAACGUUUUGCAAAAAUUCUUGAACCACUUUCGACAUGGGUCAAUAAAACUAGUACAAUUGCCACUGAUUUAACGGUUGAUAAAGGAACUCUCAUUGCAAUGGGUUAUAAAUUUAUUAAUCAGACAACAUCAACCGAUGGAAAAUAUUCCAAUUCAAAUAUUAUGGACUAUUUGAGGACAGUUGUGCCACGUAUGUUCCAGAAUACAUUGUCAUUAUUGUCGCGUCAAAUCAUUCAACAAUUUCUUGAUGAAUUGGUAUGGCGUGAAUGGUAUGGAACCACGCCGGGCAAAACAUUUGAUCAUAUUGUUUCACAUAUUGCUGAACAAACUAGAUUUGAGGGUGCCGAAAACUUAGUGGGACGUUUAUCGAAGGUCGCCGCCAAUCCAUUCCGAGACUGGGCACAUCUAUCAGUUAGAGCACCACCCAAAGCAUUACGAGCUGACUUUUUCACAGCGGGAACAUCAAAUUCAAUUCCAAAUCCAGUCGGUCGACCGCCAAAUCGAAACAAACGCAAAGAACCAUCACCACCGCCCGUUAUUGCAAAGAAGCAAAAAGUUGUUGUCAAAGAGGAACCAAAACCGUAUAAAGUAAAGACACCACCCAAACGUGAAGAACCACCGCCACCCAAAAAGGAGCCAAAAAUUUUCCUCGAAUCAUUUUAUUAUGGACUUUAUGAAACUGGCACCGAUAACGAUUCGGGCGUCGCUGUCCAAUUUGAAGCUAAUUGUCCGGAAUGCCAUGAAUGUUUCACAAACAAUAUAAAAUUCAUGGAUCAUAUCAAACGUCAUGUUGCUAUUGAAAAUUCGACCGAAAAUAAUGAAGAAGUAUGUCGUUAUUGUUUGAAGGCAUUUGCCACUGAUGCAUUGCUUAACGAACAUUUGAUGUCAAUGCAUCCAAUACAAACAAAAGACAAUCGCGGUUCGUUCAAAUGUAUUAUUUGCAGGGCCGUAUUCCCAUCGGUACCAUUGUUGAGCCAACAUAUGGAGCGUCUUCAUGUCACCGCCGAAAUGCCAUUUAAAUGUGGUUGCUGUGAUCAUAUGAGCUCAUCACAACGAUAUACCAUCGAACAUUUCUAUUCCGAUCACACCGCAUCGGGUGCACUUCAAUGUCCAUACUGUUUGAAAAUUUUCAUCGCUGUCGCUCACAACGAACAGUUGGUAUCGAACAUUCAAAAAUACUAUGAUCAUUUGAAAGAUCAUAUGACCCACGAAAAGGGAAUCACAUGCACGAAAUGCACGUUGCGUUUCAUAAGCAAAGGUUCAAUUAAGGCACAUCGUCUGUACGAGCAUAAUUCACAUACAAACAUACAACGGCAAUUACGUGAACUUGUCAAAGACACCACUUCAAUUUCUAAACCGAAGUUCAAAAACUUUACGCCACGUGAAGCAAUCAUAACCGUCACCAAUUUGAAUCAUGUAACAAUGUUCAUGCCAAAUGGACACAUUUGCUUAGAAUGUGGCGAUGAUUUCCAAGAAAGCAAUCACAUUCGGAGUGUAUCAAAGUGUGCCAAGUGCAAAUAUCAAUCGGCAUGUUCACGAGCCAUUUUGGAACACAUAUCCAAUUGUAAUGGUGAAACAAAUGUGGAUGCAAUGGUUCCAUGCCCAUUGGGCAGCGAAAUGUUUUGCAUUUGCGGUUAUUCAUCAUCCGAAGGUAAU